AUGAAAGAGAUAAAAGUAAUUCACCAUUUCAGAGAGAUUGCCGAAGCGGAAUGUCCUAAUGAAUCUUUAAAUGGGCGUGGAUGCAGGUACUCUGUAGACCAACAAUUAAAUGAGAGUGACAAGUCUGUCUUGAUGAUGACUUUAUAUUUCCAUCCUCGAAGAGAUGAGAAGAUUGGAAUCGGAGCCAAAGACAUCAAGGUUAUAAAUCACCCAGAAUAUCGAGAUACACGCUGCUUUUCAUUGGUUAGAACAGAUGGGACGAUUGAGGACUUCUCCUAUCGCAAAUGUCUCCAUGGUGCUCUUGAGAUCAUUGCUCCUCAAAGAGCCAAAAAGUAUCGUGAAAAAUUUUUAACACCUAAGGAUUCUGCAAAGGACAGUGGUUGUCUUGACUUGCCAUUGGACAACUAA